AUGGCGGUCGACGCGGCGCUCAAGGCGGCGCACGCCAAGCUCCUUGCCGAGUUCAAUGGACUGAACAAGAGAAACACUGCAAGUUCGCUGAAUGCGGUGGCAGGUCAGCUUGCCGAGCUCAAGCUCCUGCUUGCCGAGCGCGAGCUGCUCUACCCCCAGCCGCUGGCGAACGGCCAGCUGGAUAUCGAUGCGUUGGUUCUCGCGCGCGAGACCUUUGAGAUCGGUGCGCUGUGGAGCGUGCUUGCAAAAGACACAAACAGCUUUGACCGGUACUGGAGCCAGCUGAAGCCGUUCUACCUCGAUCUACACGCGGCGCUUCCCCCGUCGGCGAACUACGAGCCGAUCGUCGGCCUGUCGCUUUUGCGUUCGCUCUCGUCGAACGACAUCUCGUCCUUCCAUAUGGCUCUCGAGACGCUGCCUACGGAUCUCGUGCAGAACAGCGAAUACAUCAAGCACCCCGUGCUCCUCGAGCGCUGGCUCAUGGAGGGCUCCUACUCCAACGUCUGGCGCGAGCGCAACAAGGUGCCGCGCGAAGAGUUCCGUUUCUUUGUGGACAUGCUCAUGGUCACGAUCCGUCACGAAAUCGCCUCGUGCGAAGAAAAGGCGUACGAUACGCUCCCCCUGAACGACGUCGCCACCCUGCUCUUUUUCGACAGCCUGCCCGAGGUGCUCGAGUUUGCCAAGGAGCGGGGAUGGCAUGUGAACCCCACGAGCCAGACAGUCGAGUUUGCCAACAAGCACUCGGAACGCGGCGCGGCGCACGACGAGGAACGCAUCCCGAUGCGUGCGACGAUUUCCUCCAACCUGCACUUUGCGCGCGAGCUGGAGAGCAUUGUGUAG